AUGCAGGCGGGAAGGUGGUCGUCCUCGCCUUCCCUCGUCGGUUCGUCUCGUCGAACUGCUGUCGCUGUCGUCGUCGUCGUCGUCGUCGUCGAGCGAUUCGAAGCGCAGUGCCGUUACGUAAUUUUUAUAUCUUCGUCGAGACAUUUGUUUUUGAAAUCCCUGUCGAAGCUAAAGCAGCAAGAGUACCUGAUGGAGAAGAGCCUGGCCAACCUGAUGGAGAAGAUGAAACUGGAACCCGAAGUUCUACGACCCGUUUUGCAUAAUAUGAGUGACAUCUCGAAAAACAGGCGGGCCUUUCUGGACAGCAUGAGAAAACCGUUGGAGGAAAUUACCGAGGAGCUGCAGUCGGCACAAUCAGUCACGGAUAGUCCCGAGCAGAUCCAAAACUUGGAUACAAAUGCGUACAAGCAACGACUCGUGAGAUUGUCGCAGAAAAUUCGGGACUUUCAGGAGUCCUGCCAGCUGCAGACUACAACUUUGUCGCAGGAGCAAACCGCUCUCGAAUCUGAAUUACGUGAAUUUGAAUCGAAUUUGCAUAAGUAUGAGAAUGCAACCGGUAGUAUCGGCAAACCGACGUCCGCCGCGUCUUCUAAGGAAAAUAAAAAGUGUUAUGAUUAUAAGGAGAUCGAGAGCUUCCACGAGUUAAUUGCUAAAACAGGCCACACUGAUAACUGGAGCGACGAGGAUCACCUGUUGUUCCUGAAAUUGCGGAACAAGUGCAGCAACAUCCCUGCCCUGGUGGCUGCCAUUCGAGUCAAGUGUCCGGAUCUGACGGUGGAAACUAUAGUGAAUCACGAGGCAUGGUACAAGGUUUAUCUGAGCCUGCGUGAAAAGCAACGAUCGAGCGUCAGAGAGUGGCGCAAACGAAAAGAAAUGGAGAAGAUGAAGAUGAAGGAUCGCGAGGAUGAAAGCGGGGCCGAGACCUUGGAGGGAAUUUCGCGCGAGAGAAGAGACUACAAUGUCACGGAAGAUCCUUCGACCUGCGCGAUGGAUAAAUGCAAUGGGAGACUAACGAAGAUUGGCAAUUCCGUUGAUAUCAAUGGCCAGAAGAAGGAAUUAAUAAAGCGGUGGAAAAAGGAAAGAGAGAAUAAACGUUUGAUGGACGAGGAGCAAUCGAGGCUUCUGAUGGAAUCGAAGCUUGCCGCGCAAGAGAAACGCAAGAGGGAAAGAUUGGAAAGGCUUCGGCAAGUUUUGGCGGAGCAUCGCGAGAGAAAAUCGAUGGAAGUUUCUUCCAACGCUUCGAAAGGCGAUUUGAGAGCGGGACCGAAGUACAAUCCGAUGUUAAUUAAGGCCUUUAGGACGCAAGAUGCAGAAUAUACAAGAAGGAAGAAGCACUUGAUAGCGAGGCGGAGAUUGGCUAAAAAUCAGACGGUAAAAAUCGUAAGAUCACAAAUCGUGCAAAGGCAAGAUCACUCGACUUUGCUCAAUUCGACUCAAGUAUGGAGAGAAAAAUGUAGAAUGCACGAUUCUAACGUAUGUCCAAUGGAGAAACAAGGAAUCGAUGGAGAUCAAAGACACUCUGACAUUUUCUUGAGGUCAAAACGUCUUUUUCCUUUCGGCCAAAGUGCACUCGCAGCGAAGAAGGCAAAAGAAAACACGAAACAUUGAUAUACGCUUAAGUUUAUUUUCUUUACAAACGUACCUUUUUGUUUCCUUCAGACGAUGAACAUAAUAAGUUAUGAGUAAACGAGUGUUGAAUUUAUCCGAGAUCGCCCUUUUACGCGUACUCGGCUUUACAAUUAUAUACCAAAGUUCUCUCUCCGCGUUUGUCUCCGUUAAUUUCACUUUAUUUUCAGGAGCAAAAGUGGACGAAAGAAAACGAGCAGGGAAGAUAAUUACCGUCGUCGUCUCGGAUAACUUCAACCCCCGACAGGUUUUUACUCAAAUAUAUAUAAUAUACUUUCUAUCAAUCUUUUUCUGUUUGUUAAUUCGAGAUAUCUUUUCGUUUAGAUUACCAAAUACAAAAACACAUAGGUGUGAUACAAUAUAUAUAAUAUAUAUAAUGCUAUGAUACAAAAGAGUGUCUCGUAUCGCGCCGAAUACGAUAGCUCGGCGACAGUUCGACGACUCACCCGCGGUACUUUUAAAUUCUUUUUUAAUAAUUAUCACUAUUAUUAAUUACUAUAUUUGUUUACAUAUUGCGGGAUAAUCUUACACGACGCGAUACGGCGACACCUCUCACUCUUCUGUGAGAAUACGCGCAAAGACCCUAAAAUGUACUCUUUUUUUUUUUACCUCUUGCUUUUAGACAGCAUUUAUAUUUAUACUCUUGUUUUUAUUUAUUUAUAUAUAUAUAUAUAUAUGUGUAGAAAUAUAAUUAUUUAGAAUUUAUAAUGCAUACUUAGGAGUUUGUUUUAUUACAACGAACGAUAAGUCAUGUUUUAACAUACGCUCGGGUUUAUUCAUGCUCUCUCGAUUGACACACGCACACAUACACGGCAUUGCUUCCGCGAUUUCCUUUUUAUCACUAACCUCUGCCCCAAAUUCAAAGAAUAAAUAUAUACAUAUGUGAACAUUUGUACAGCGAAGCCUCCUUUUCAUCCCCUGUAACGUAUCACUAACAUUUGUUUCCUUAGUCAACAUGUGAAGCCUAUGUGUACUGCGCUGUCUCUCGUCUCGGCAGACUAAUUUUUACUCUAACAAUGAUAAUCCCGCUGUCCUUUCGACCAACAGCGGCUUUUCGGAUAAAAACUUCCUUUCUCGAAUAUGAAAGUCGACUAAACGAUCAUCGAGAAAAAAUGUUUGCACACCUUUUUUUUCAAUGAAACGCUCCGAAGAGAUGUCUCACGAGAAAACUUCAUAGUGAAAGAUAAUCGCGAACGUAAGUUGUAACCCUACAAGUUCGUUGAAAUUGGAAAUAAAAAAAUCUCUAGUAAGUAAGCGAAAUAAAAUGUUUAAAUUGAUCUCAUCGUGUUUACGGACAAUGGCAAGAAAAGAACAGUCGGCGACAAAAACGAAAGCUUUUCUGAGAGGGUUUUGGAAAACGCAUUAGUUAUUGAUAAAUUUUAUUAGAAUCUUUACAUUCGUGAAUUAUUUACAGAUAUAAUUGCAUAUGUAUAUAGCUAUCGUUACGGUUUCGAAAAGAAAGACUUCCUCGUAUUUCUCGUGACAAUACUGAAGAGGCUGACUUCGGAGAGAACUGCUGUACCAAAGCCGCGUGAGAGCAUGUAGUUUCGUUUGUAGAAGUUUUUACCUUUUUGCUUCGUUUUCCGCGAUAGAAUUUGUCGAUCAAUUAUAGAAAUAUGCGGUAUAAAAACGGUAUAAAAGAACCACUAGUCUUCAAGCGAUGUCACGACGACGUGCAGAGAGUACGAUUCAGAAAUUGUUUCGACGUAGUUAGCAAGUCGACCAAUAUUUUCAAUCAUUUCCCCUUUUUCCUUUCGCGUGUAACACAGCUCGAUUCAAAGUGCGAUAUUAUUAAAUUGUGAACCUGCGAGAAAUAUUCCUGCAGGCUUUACCGUCUCUUUCGACCUGUAUUAUGAAAUUAAAAAAUACUGAAGAAUCUGAUUUUCUCUCAUGAAGCUCGCUCAUAUUUCCCAGACAGAAAACAAUUAGACGAGUAUCUAAUUGAUAAAUUGUUCUUUCCUACUUAUAUUUGCACGCAUUGGGAAAUAAGUUCUCGCUUAGCUCUAGCAUUGCACGCUUCGAGGACGGUACAAAUUCGGAAACAAGACACCACGAGGUUGCGACUUGCUGGCAAAAAAGUCGUAAUACGUGUGAUAAACUAAUGACAUUUCAAAUGUAUUUUUAGAUAAUCACAGUAUUCGCAAUAGGAAAAUUGUAAUGACUUAAUGUAGAAAAAAUGUUAUUACUUUUACAGCACAAUGUAAAAUUGUAUACAUUUUGUAUACAAUACGUACAAAAUUGUAUAAUAACAUUUUUUCGUAAAGAUACUUAUAUUGACAACAAUUGUUGCGAAUAUAAUAGGUAUUUUACACAACUUAAUGCCCGACAAAUCAAUAUCGCACCUGUCAGGAAAAUCAGAUACUACAAUUAUUUUGUGCAUAUAUUAUCGAUCACGUUACAAAAAGAAAAACUAAUCCCUCCGCAAUCAAGCCUCUCGCGUCGAAGUCAAACUGAUCCGCCGAUUGAUAAAUAAUAAUAAUAAUGAUGAGAUAUACAUAUAUAUCGAGGCAAGCGAAUCAACUCAUAUAAAACUAUUUGAUACAUUAUAAAACUAAUAAAUUAAUAAUAAUUUCUUGGAGAGGCCUCAAAGUAGAAUACAAAUUUUCGAAGUUUACUGACUACCAAAAGUUUUCAUUACGAUUUCGCAAUCCCUUGUGACAAGAAAAACUAAUGAAAAAAAUGCGAAUGGUUAAGAAGCGAUAAAAUCACAUACGCAAAUUUCCAGUACUCCGAAAGCGAGAAAAUGAUUUUACGACCAAUGAUUUUGUGCGAGAUUCGCGCGCGUUGCGCAAAACAGCGCGCGACGGUUGCUACAAUUACGUUUCGCGUUUUGCCUCCGCCCGGAUCCGACAGUUCGUUCGUAAAAAACUGGUGUUCUGCAGUCUUUUAUACGGUACUCAGCAUCUCGAAUUUCUAUCAAAAACGAGACCGGUCAUUCUUUUUGUUUUCUAAGAGAAUUUAAUACACUACAUAACCGACUCUCACUAAUAUCUAAACGUCAGAAAACGCACGUAGUCCGAGUUUACGCUAAAUGGCCAGAUAGUCGACGACGUUCCCAUACAGCAGUCUGUUAGCACAUCCGACGGAUAGAAAAAUUUCUUUUCACAGACGGCAUGAUUAUCACUUUACGGAAAGAAAAUUAAUUUCCGAAAAUCAAAUAAUUUUAUCUACAAAAUUAAAACGAUUAUUUUAUUCGAUCUUUAUAUGCGCGUUAAAUACUCGAAGAAUUGAUUCUGAGAAUCAGAAUAAAGAUAAGAAAAACGGGACAAAGUUUUUUUCCCCCCGGGAUAAAAUUCCUACGCACGCUUCUACAGUCAACGCGUAUCCUUAGUACGAAUGAAUUUAUACGCGUUUUGCUGCCAGAUUUCUUAACGUGAUGUAGACGGGUGUACAUCUGGUCCUCGAUAAAGCGCGCGUUCAAUCGCAAAUCAAGAGAACACUUCUAGAUUUUAUGUUUAUCAAUAAAGUUAUCAAAUCCGCAAACACAAUGCGAAAAUUGGCGCAAUAGUUCCUAAUGAUCGAAUAUAAAUGCAUCGCGUCGCUAAUAAUCGGCAAAACACCUGUUCGUGAAAACGCAAAAGAAUAUCUUCCCCGCAGGAUAAGCUCGCACAAAUCGCAUCUGACAGAGCUGUUAAAUUUAACAAUUGUAUGUAGAAUCAAUAGCUAUAAAUUAGCUUUCCGUGUUAAUGAGAAAAAUUGAGAUAAAACUGAAUGGAUUCCCAACACUAUGCGGGAAAAAGUUUCACAAUUUUUUUCUGAAAUUCGUUUCUUUCUUAGGAAAUAAGGAUGUUCGCAAAAAGAUUAAUAUAUCAAAAUUUGUUCUUAAAAUGCAUUAUAAAAUCUUGAUAUAAAUAAAGUGUAAACUUUGAUAUAAAGUUUAAAUUUUCGAAAGAAGAAAAGUAAAUGAGAAAAUAAUAUGAUAGACCUGCAUUCUCUAUACACUCAUAUUAGCAUCCAUUAAAUUUUUUCUCAGAAAAAUCUCGUUAAUUACCGCGAAAUGUAUGCUAACGAACCGUCGUUAGCGAAUUCCUCGAAGCGUUCAGCUACAAGAGAAAACGAAAACAAUUUCAGCACAAGAACGGAAGUUCUUUCAUCAGAACGGCCGUCGUCGUCUUCGUCUCCAAAGCCGGAAAGAUACGAGGAUGCUCCGAGAACUUAAAUCAUCACAAUCACCCCUGAUAUUCGCGGCAUCGUGGAGUCCCGAUAGAAAAAUACUAGGUACGUUUAAGUACCAGUUUGAUUUAGCCGGGCAACGUAAGGACCAUCAGUCUAUUUCACGUUUGCAUCCUGUCCCCAUGUAAAGAACGCGACGAUGUCUCAUUUUUUUCUUCCCUCCUUUUUUAUCGCCCUAUUUGUAAACUAUAAAUGUAUGAAACAGAUUAAUAUUCGCCGCGACAGAAAGAAAGUCAUACAAUUCCUUUAUGAUGUUCGAAAUCGCGGCUGUUUUUAAAUCUGUUAUUAACGUUUGGAUUUCUAAAUCAGGAAAAGGACAUUUCUUCUGCUAAUGUAUACCGAUUCGACAAAUCAAUGAUAUUCUUCCUGAGGCGCAGCAACGGCUAUUAUAUACUGGCAAUGGAAACGAAGACGAUGGCGAAGGUUGCAAUCCUAAAAGUUCUGUGGAAUUUUUGUUUAUCGCUUUUCAGACAACUAGAUAUUGCAUUCUACAAAUGAUUUUUCAAGUAUUCGAGUAUCUCAUUCGAGUAUUAAUAUAAAAUAUUAUUAAAAUUUUCUUUUGCUUCUGAAUUUCCAAAGGUGACUCAAAUUUUAGAAUCGCAUCCUUCGAGUAGUUUGCAUUACACUAUGAAUUCUGUCUCUGUCGUAUUACGCCAAUAGAUCCCGCUUUUCACUUUCGUCGAGAGAAUACGCCAUACACACACACGCGCGCGCGCGCGCACACACACAUACACACUAUUGUUUAUCUCUAUAAGCUUGUAUAAAAAAACGAUACCUUUUGUCUGUUCUUAUCUUUCCUUUUUUUUAUCGUUUUCGUCGUUUCGUACACCAAGGACGAGUGAGUGCAUGAAGCAAACUAUAUUGGGACAACAUGAAUUCUGAAUAAAUACUUAAUAUUACAACAAAAUCUUAAGUAUUCUUCGUAAAUGUCACCGCUAUAUAGUUUGUAAGAAAAUAAGAUACUUUACUUGAAGAUUUUUAUGUACAGAUAUUACAAACAACGUUUCGUAAUGCAUAGGCAAUGCGUCCUGCUACUCUAUUAUUAUACAUACUGCAGAGGAGGAUCUAUACAAAUCCGCCCUCCAUCGAAGUUCGAUUCGUGUCGUCUGCGAAAUUUUGUGGACCUUCGGUAUUUGGUAUCGUUCUUUAAAAGCGACUUAAUUACCGCUUAUGUCGAUAAUACUGACCUGAUCUCAAAAAUCUUCGGAUAUGCUUGGCAAUUAAACGUGGGAUUUUCUGCGAUCUGUUAGCGUGUGCUUUCAGUAUCACCAAAUUUUUUGAUUGAAAAUAAAUAUUACAUUAAAUUUCUAAAUCAAAGAUUCUUUCAAGAAUUCACGUAUCUGCCAUCAAAAAUGAAUAUCUUGGAACAUAAUUAAAUAUGCGUCUUGUUUUAUAAAAUAAUUGUAGAUUGUUUAAUUCCCUGAAAAGGACC